AAAUAUAUAAGGCAAGAUUUUGCUGAAUUAAUUAAGAAAUAGAAGUUUUUUCUUACUAUAGGAAGGAGAGAUAUGGGGGGAGGAAAAAUUCUUGGGAUGUUGAUCUUUGUAGUUGUUAUUGUUUCAGCAGCAGCAGCAGGAGGAGGAGGAGGAGAGGGAGGUUAUGGGGAUAGUCAGCAGAAGAAAUGGUGGAAAUGGAUGUCUUCUAGUUCUGUAGCUUCUUCAUCAGUGGUCAAUCCAGUUGUCUCUUCUUCAAUUGUCCUACCACUCUAUGGCAAUGUCUAUCCCGUUGGUUAUUACUAUGUUCAGGUCAAUAUAGGGCAGCCUUCAAGGCCUUAUUUCCUUGAUCCUGACACUGGCAGCGACCUCACGUGGCUGCAAUGUGAUGCUCCCUGUGUUCGCUGCACAAGAGCACCUCAUCCAUUCUACAAACCAAACAAUGACCUCGUCCCCUGCAAGGAUCCCCUAUGUGCCGCCUUACACCAUGCUGAUUACAAAUGUGAGAGUCCAGAACAAUGUGACUAUCAGGUUGACUAUGCUGAUGGAGGUUCAUCUCUAGGUGUACUCCUUAAUGAUUUGUUUACCUUCAACAUGACCAGUGGUGCUCGGAUAAAACCUCAUUUGGCUUUGGGAUGUGGAUAUGAUCAGUUACCUGGCCAAUCUUAUCAUCCUUUGGAUGGAGUGCUUGGUCUUGGGAAAGGAAAAGCCAGCAUUGUGUCUCAGCUUCACAACAAGGGUCUGGUGCGAAAUGUGGUAGGCCAUUGCUUGAGUGGUAAAGGAGGAGGCUUUCUCUUCUUUGGAGAUGAGGUUUAUGAUUCCUCACGCAUAGUCUGGACUCCUAUGGCACAUGAUCACAUGAAGCACUAUUCAACGGGAUCUGGAGAACUUAUAUUUGGAGGUAAAGGCACAGGGCUCAAGAAUCUUUUUGUAGUCUUUGAUAGUGGAAGUUCCUUCAGUUACCUAAACGCACAUACAUACCAAGGUUUUAUUUCGCUAUUGAAGAAAGAACUGAAUGGAAAGCCGCUAAGAGAAACAAAGGAUGACUAUACACUCCCAUUGUGCUGGAAGGGAAGAAGACCUUUCAAAACCAUAAAUGAUGUGAAGAAAUACUUCAAACACUUUGCACUUAGCUUUACCAAUGGAUGGAAAUCCAAAGCUCAGUUUGAAAUCCCUCCUGAAUCAUAUCUUAUUAUCUCAUCCAAGGGAAGUGUAUGCUUGGGAGUUCUAAAUGGUACUGAAGCCGGCCUGCAAAAUGUCAACCUUAUUGGAGAUAUAUCAAUGCAAGAUAAAAUGGUGAUCUACGACAAUGAGAGGCAAACAAUAGGUUGGAGCCCUGCAAAUUGUGACAGACCACCAAAGUCGAGUAGCAUGAUAAUGUAAUUAAACCUACACUAAUUUUUAUCUUUUGAUUCGUGUUACCUUUUCAGUUUUAUCAUUUCAGUUGUAUGUGCUUGCAUAAAUAAAUGGGGAAUAAUUAAUAAUAAUAAGAAGCCCCCCCCCCCCCCCCCCCCCCUUUGUAUGUAUCUUGCAUGUACUUCUGGUUAUCACACUGUGAAGGUAUUGCGCACUCCGAAGAUCAAUAACGUUCCAAUAUGAUUUGUACUUGGUGAUUUCUAAUGAAUAAUGAUCAAUUAUCCUUAAA